UGCUUUUUUUUAAAAAAAGUCUCUGAAAUGUUAUUGAAAAUAUAAGUGAAAUAUUAAAAAAAAAUUUAAAUAAAAAUUCUAAUCCAAUACUCAUUUUAUCUUAUUUACAUCAAAUGAAUAAAUCUGAAAGUGACAAACUUGAUGAAAUUAGAAAAUUGAUAAAACCCUAUUCUGAUUUUCCUAAAAAAGGGGUUCUCUUUAGAGAUAUAUUUCCUGUAUUUCAAAAUCCUAAUGCUUUACAUGAUAUGAUUGAAAUAAUAGAAAAUAAAAUUUCAAAAAAUUCUGAAAAUAUCGAUAUUAUAGUUGGAUUAGAUGCUAGAGGAUUUCUUAUAGCUCCACUUUUAGCUUAUCAUUUAAAACUCCCAUUUGUACCUGUUAGAAAAAAAGGAAAACUACCUGGUGAAAUAAUAAGUUUUAGUUACAACUUGGAAUAUGGAUCAAAUGUCUUUGAAAUACAAAAAGGAUCUAUUUCUAAAGGAAAAAAUGUUGCUGUUAUUGAUGAUUUAUUAGCCACGGGAGGUAGCAUGGAUGCAUCUUGCAAUUUGGUUGAAUCAGUUGGAGGAAAUGUGGUAUUAUGCUUAGUCAUCAUGGAAUUGAUGGAUUUAAAAGGUAGAGACAAAUUAGGAAAAAGGAACUUCUAUUCAAUGUUACAAUUUUGAAAUUAUUAUUUUGUGUAUUUAUGAAAAGCAAUAACCUUAUUGUGAAGAAAUCCUAAUAUGCACUGGGUUCUCUAUAAUUUUGUGAUAUUAUUUAACAAUUUGGUCAUUAUGAUGCUGUUUUAAUAUUAAUACAUUUUUAAAUGCAGCCAAUAUAUAAAAUAUUUAUAAAUUGAUUUGUAAGUUUUUUUUAAAUAUGACUUAAAUAAUCAUGUUAAGCUUUUAUAUCGAUAAAUUUGAUGCUAUCAUUUUAAAUCUCAUUCAAACAAUGCUUAUUUGUAAAUAGUUUAACUAGAGAUGUGUUCAUAUUUUUCUGCCAGAGGGGGGGGGUGACUUUUCUAGCUCCCUCAUCUUUAUAUCAAAUAACAUACUUUUAUAAAUGAUGAUAUUGGUUUAAGUAACUACUGAUUCCUUUAUUUUUGGAUUAUUUUUUUUGCCUGUUUUUAUAAAGAUAGUAUUUAUAAUUUAAUCAAUUGAGUUUUAAAAUUAGUCAAUAUAAUAUUUGCUGCAUCUAAGCAAUGGAAAUUUUUAUCUUUUCAAAAUUUUUAU